AUGGGUAACUGUGAUGUCAAGAUUGAAAUAGAUAAAACAGCCACCGAUGGCGUUUUCACGAACCAUGACUUGAUAUCUGGUACUGUCACAUUAACCGUUACCAAUACCAUUUCUUUGAAUUACAUCCAAGUCAAAUUGGAAGGUAUCUCCAAAACUGAAUUAACCAUUCCCCGAGAUGUAAGUAAACGAGAGAAAAGAGAUAAAGUACUUCAAGAUAUUCAUAAAGUUUUGUAUGAUACCUUGAUUGUGUUUCCUCCAGAAAAUAUAAGGAAAGUUUCCAAUGCUAAAGAAUUCACUUUAACUCCAGGAAAUUAUACAUAUCCAUUCCAAUUCAAAAUUCCUUUGAACAACUCAUGUACUAAAUUAUCAGGUAUCACCAAUAAAGUUUCGUUCAAUAAGAAGAAUAUCAAUGUUUCCAUCAAUAAUGGUAACUUCAAUAGGAAUAUGUUGAAGAAUAUGGCUAGUCAGUAUAUAAAUAACAAAUCAAGUGAGAAACCUCCCAAUAAUGGUGGAAUUCCAUAUCAUAUCACCAAUCAAUUACCACCAUCCUUAAGUGGUUUAGGGGAUUUUGCUUCAGUGAAAUACUUUGUCAAAGUGACAUGUAAAAGGUCAUCGUUCUUAAAGGUCAAUUUGAGAUCUUUUGAUACUUUCAUAUUCUUGCCAAUCGAUUUGGAUAGUUCCAAUAAACCUUUAUUCAAUUCAGGUGAUUUUGUGGAAUAUAAAGAGAUUUUUGUCAGAAAAGAUGUCAUCUUCAAGAAUCGAAUCCCGGAAAUUGUAGGUAUGAAGGUCGAAAAAGAAACCAAGAAUCUACCUCCAAUCCCAUACAAUUACCAAAAGAAAGGGUUUUUCGCCAAAUUCUUUGAUACUUCUCCAAGUUCAACUCCAUCCCCAAGCAGGAAGUCCAGUAGUGCAUCAUUACCUGUUCCUGUACCUGUUCUGGAAGUACCAUUUUCAUUUGAAGUAAGAUUCCGUUAUCCAUCGUUCCUUAUCCCUACAAAACCACCUACCUUCAAAUUAUAUCUCGUGUCGAGUUUGAAUCCCUCGAUCUAUUCCUUGGCCGAAUACGGUAAACCUGAAGAUAGUAAUGGAUUAGGAAUUGUUUAUUUGCAAAGAUUGAUUAUCGAACUUACCGCCACCACCAUUAUUUCUGUUUUAGAAAAUGAUGGGAUAUCUUCGGAAAUUCAUAAAUCACGUCAUGAUGAAGUUAUCCUGUUGGCCAAUAAUACAUAUCAAAACUUGAAAUUCGAUUUAAUCAAUUGUAAACGAACUAAAAGUUCAAGUUCCACUUCAAAUACUAAAGUAAAAUCCAAUAUUUAUGAAUUAGAGAUUCCUAAGAAAUAUUUCACCAAUUGUGUUCUACCUGAUCAUGUAUCUCCAUCAUUCAAGACUUGCAACAUUCAAAGGAAAUAUAAAUUAUCCAUUAUUGGAGGGUUUUCAAGUGAAAAGAUUCAAGAUUUCAAUAAUCAAACCGAGAUCAAUAAGAAAGUAAGAUUCGUUGAUUUACAGGUUAAUGACAUUAAUAUCUUAUCGGGAUUAGGAAUGACAUCAGCAUUAAAUUCGAAUUUACAACCUCCACCACCUUUACCAAUUAGGAAACUGUCAAAUUCUAAUGCAUCUCAAUUAACUCCCCCAUCCAUACCAACAUCAAAUUCCGAUUCCAAUCAUAGCUCCAAUGAUAGUUUACCUCUACCUACUUACGAAGAUGUUAUCAAAGAAUCAAGUUUCCAAAAUGAUUCGGAUCAUAUUAGAGCUCGAAGAAGGUAUCAACAACAUCAACAAUAUUACGAAAAUUUAGAAUAA